AUGAGCCUUGGUCUUCUCCGAACGGUGCGCUGGGAGCGGGAUGCAGAUGGCUCAAAUAUCGUCACCUUGACGGAGGCGGAGCCAAAUCCCGCUUCGCCGAAGAGUCUUGCUGCAGCUGUCGGUAAGGUUGUCAAGCGGCAGUUCGUGGAUAAGCCGGAGAAUGAUCGACACGCCGAGUACAUGUUGCAGAAUGGUCUCAUACACAUUGGCCGGUUGAACGAGUGGGAGGUUGCGGAUCAGUUCCUUGCUGCACAGUCGUCUCAGCAAGCUCCCCAGCUUCAACGCCUUGGUGAUUGUGAUACGCCCCUGGAGCUGAACGGGGCUGCUGUUAGCACCAGGGAGUACUACUGGGUCCUUGACAAGCAGCAUGAAGAACCGCAUACAGACAGCUAUGUCGAAGUCGAGAUCCGGGCAAUCGGUCUCUCUUCAGACGUUUCCGCUGGCCGCCUCGCAAACGAGAUUGCUGGUGUUGUGAGCAAAGUCGGAUCGGAAGUCGAAGGCCCAGCCCUGGGUGACCGAGUCAUUUACAUCUCAGGCAACAAAAAGGGUGGCUGCGUCCGAACACACGGUCGAGCUGGUCCGCUGGAGCUUGUGAGAAUCCCCGAUGAGAUCUCGUUCGAAGUCGCAGCCGGGUUGGCUUGGGCUUAUGUGACAGCAAUCCAAGGACUCGGGGAGAUAGCUCAUCUGGCACCAGAGAACACUAUCUUGAUCCAUACAAAUGCAACGGAUAUUAGUCAAGCGGCUAUUCAAUAUGCCCAGAUGAUCGGAGCUACAAUCUACGCUACUGUGGCAACGGUCAAAGAACGCGAUUUGCUUGUCUCUGACUAUAGUCUCCCUCCAGACCGGAUCUUCUCUAGGAGAGACCUGAACUUUGUCAAGGGCAUCAUGCGGUGCACGCAGAAUGCUGGGGUUGACGUUAUUUUCAACGCACUGAGCGGCGAGGCACUCCGGGGGUCAUUGGCAUGCCUUGCUCCAUUUGGGGCAUUCAUUGAUGUCUCGAACCCAGAUCUGCGAGCUGACACCACAGUCGAACUGUCCUCUUUGCCUCGUAAUGUGAGCAUUCACACCGUCGACCUUCCUGUGCUGGCUCAACAUCGACCAAAAUCGGUUCGUCUUCUGCUCACCGAGGCAUUGAGAUUGUAUUCCGAAGGUAAGAUCAGUCAACUCCGAACAACAACUGUCAUGGACUUUACCCAAAUCAAAGAGGGUAUCCGAACUGUGCAGAGUGGAGAAGCAGCAAAGGUAGUGAUUGCACCUCAUCCGUUCAACUUGGUCCCCGUGGUACCACAACCACUCUGGCCAUGCCACUUUGACCCGCACGCCUCGUACGUCCUUGCGGGUGGCUACGGCGGCUUGGGCCGCAGUUUAGCACGAUGGAUGGCAUCUCGUGGUGCAACGAGCCUGAUAAUCCUGUCCCGCUCCUCGGCUUCAAGCCCAGAGAAGAUGGAAUUGAUUACCGAUCUUAAUAGACUGGGAUGCAAGGUCCAUUCGCUUGUCUGUGAUGUGGCAGAUCUCUCAAGCCUCCAACAGCUGUCCGGGAAGGCCUUUUCCAAUCUACCUGCCAUCAAAGGAUGCAUUCAAGCAUCGAUGGUUCUACGGGACGGUGCCUUCGCCGGGCUUUCCUUCCAAGACUGGCAAGCAGCCAUCAGGCCCAAAGUCCACGGUUCCUGGAACCUACACACAGUUCUACCGGAUAACAUGGACUUCUUCAUCAUGCUCUCCUCGGUCGCAGGCAUCUUCGGCAACCGCGGACAGUCCAACUACGCCGCAGGCAAUACCUUCCAAGACGCACUAGCCGCAUACCGCGUCUCUAAAGGCAUGCAGGCCGCCAGCAUUAAUCUAGGCAGUGUAUCCAACGUCGGGUGGGUCGCCGAGAACCGAAGCUCGAUGCGCACGCACACAGCAACUUUAUUCGAGCUUCUGCGCGAAGAAGAAGUCCACGCAACAGUCGACUUCCUCGUCCGCGACCAGCAAGACGGCGGUAAUGCAUCAGCGCGUUCACAGCUCGUGCUCGGUCUACCGACUGCAGAGAUGUGUCGCCAGAACGGCGUGCCGCCGCCCACGUACCUGAAUUACUCGAUGUUCACUCACUUCCGCAACCCGGCAACUGCGAAAAGCAGAGAGGUCUCUCAGCAGAAGACUAUUGGCACUGCUGCACUUUUGUCGGCGACUUCGGGUAUCGAGGGUGCUGUGAUUGUGGUGUCCGAUGGGAUUGUUGAGAGACUUGCUUCGCUGCUUGCUAUUCCAUCUUCAGAACUUGAUGCUCAGCGCUUCGGCUUUGGGGGUAUUGACUCCCUUGUUGCUAUGGAGUUCCGGGCGUGGAUUGUUAAGGAGCUUAAGGCCGAGGUGUCCUUGCUUGAUAUAAUGGGGGCGGAGAAUAUCAGGGCAUUGAGUGAGAAGAUUGCUGGCAGGAGCCAUUUGAUUGUACGGGGGUCUGGUUCUGGAUCUUCCUGA